CACUGCACAUCAAUUGUCGUCCAUGGUCCUGCUACCGUACUCCUGACAACAAAUAGCUCAACAAAUCAACUCUAAGUUCAUAGCUGCUCCGAUUGAAUACCCAACAAUGCAGACGGAGAACGACCAGCAGUCUGACAUCACUGAUGUUGACUUGGAUGCUGUGACAUGCGGCGAGUAUGGUGUUGAUGCCAUCACACUGAACGGACGUCACAGCCAGUUGCAGAAUCACAAUGACACCUUGUCGAGAUCUCUAGAAAAAGGCCAUGAGACCCUGGCAACUUACUUCGCUGUGAGUCCUUGCUUCAACAUCCUGAAACAUGGUCGUAGCAAGCGAUACAGUCAAUUGGAAGUGGCUAAUUCAGCAUCAGAUGCGGUCAAUGCCCUGCUAGUGCUUGAAGAAUUUCCAUCUUUGGCCGCAAAAACAUUCUCGGGUUAUCACGACGAGCACCCCGUGUACAAUUUUGGGUACCUUCCGGAUCUCCCUGAGCUUUUCCCGCUUGCAUUCUUUGUCUUCAAUAACUUUGAGGCAAACAUACUGGACCGCAUCUUCAAACUCUAUCCAGAAGCAAUCAAUCAACCCUGCGGAAAAUGGUCAAGUCUACUGGAAUAUGCCUGCUCAGACUCCCAGCACAUGCGCCUCCCGACAGUCAAAUGGAUAGCAUCCAAUACUGCACAAAACUGUGAUACUGCAAAGCCUAUCCUUGCCUUUUUCAGUGGCGGGCGCCUUGAGGAGAUGUCCCACGAUGCGGAACAAAAUAUUCUUGAAAUCUUGCUCUCCAAAAGUCCAAGGUUCCGAAUCUGGAAUAAGGAUUCUGAAGUCAAAAAACUGGUGGACACGUGUGUUUCCCUGACGUGUGCUUCCCUGGGAUUUGAGAGCGAACUUGUCCUUCAGCUGGUUGAAAAACUUCCAUUUGAGUACAGAGUAUUGAACCUCACACGGAGCUUCAUCUAUUUCAAUAGCGACACCAUCGAUCUGGUUGAGCUGAUGUUACCCAAGCUUUCAGAAAUUCAGUUCUUCCACGACGAUUGCGUUGAAGACGACGAAUUCUACUUUGACUUGGACUUCUUCUAUGACGACCAUGCAGUUGCAUCUUGGGUCCGUGUCGUGGGGCUGUUGGCCAAGGCCAUGAAUCUACGGAAGCUAUCCCUGUCUAUCCCAACAGAAAUCGUGUGCCAUAGCCAAGAUGCCAUUGACGCGGUGAAAAACCUUCUUCAUCAGCACCUUCAGUUUUCAGCUACAAAUGUUCAUCUACGGUUGAUUAAUUGUUGCCCUGGGGACACAGGGUGGUUGUUUGAAGAUGAAGUUGACGGCGAAGACAGUGACAAUGAUUCAUACUGCGACGAUCGAGACACUUUUGGGAAAGCCAGGGACACGGUCAGGGACAUGCUCAGAGCCAAGGCCAUUGACCAUCCAAUGGAGUUUGUGAAUAACCAGUGCAUCAAACUCCUUUUGGAUUCUUUUCGAACAGGUCAGGGCACUACCAACAAGCGCUCCAUGGUUGAAGAAAUUGUCCUUCAUGACUUGUACAAUGUGCACUUGGAGUACCUGGCAAAACUCGGUACUCAUACCAAGUCAUUGAAACUUGCUCCUACAACAGUGAAGUCACUGACAGCCAAUUCUCAUUCGCUUUGCAAGGUUUGGAAGCAACCCUGCCCCAACCCACGUUCCUGUUGUGGCUCUCAAGGCUUGAAAGACCUUGCUUUGCUGCGCUGCUACAACCAAAGCAUUGUCGUAAAGAUGGCAACCUUUGUCACUAAGCCUCUUCAUGGGCAAAGAUUGGUGAAGCUCAGGCUUGAAGGACAAAAGUCUUUGAUCCGUCCUCGAAAAGGAGAGCUUCGAUACGAUGUAACGGAAGAUUUGGUUUCCACCUUGGGCUGUGUCACUCUCGAGCAGCUCCAGUUCUCUUCCGCCGUUGGCCACAAACUGCAACUUCCUUUGUUUGCCGCAGCCGUCAAAAUGUGCCGUCACCUUAAACGACUUGAGCUGGUUGGACUGGAUUUCCGUCGCUGUGACCAGCGAUCUGUGGUUGAAUGGUUCCUGGAGAUGAUUGAAGGAAGCGUGAACAAGGUGCUGGAGUUCCUCUUGCUCGAGAGUGAACAGAGAUACCACUUCAUCAACCGUGAUGCUGAGAGCCUCUUUACCGGUGCUCCAUAUUCAGAUUACAUUGGAGGAGAAUACAAAGUGAAGAUUCAAUACUUGCUGUGGCUGGCACGCUUUGGAUGGCGGAAAAUGUCUAGUGAUGACACAAAGGCCCAAGAACUCAUUGAGGUUCUUUGGAACGUGAACUCUGUUUCCUUUUCGGAUCUUGCUACCCAGGUCGAUCCACGAUACCCAAGAAGCGAGCAACAAGCAGAAAAGGACAAGAAUGGGGUUCUCUAUGGCCUUCUGCGAGAGAAACCCUCUCUGUGGUGCUCCCCUUCUGUUCAUACACAGCCCUCCCCCAUUCGAGGAGGCAACAAGCGAAAGUUUGGACAACUCUGAAAGCAUUGGCUACCGGUAUGGUCGCAUGAUACCUCGUAUUGUUCUGAGCAUCCAAAUCCUGGUAGUCGGCUAACUUUAGGCACUAAUACACUCCAUCUUGCCAGCUAGAGAAUCCUAGUUGAGCCCGUCCUUGCCUCGUUGCUGACUAGACUACUGCAGAUGUUGAGCUGCUCGAGGAGUCUUGUG